AUGGCCAACGGGUGGAGUGUCAUCAUUGGCUUCGUGAUAGUUGUUGCCAUGGCUCUUGCAGCAUGGUUCUUCUCUCCCAAGGGCGAGAAUCAAGUGCUCUGGCGCUCCUCCAUCAUCCUCUCCAUUGCCAGCUGCUUCCUCAUGUGGGCUGUUACAUUCCUCGCCCAGCUCCACCCGCUCAUCGAGCCGCGACGGUCGGACCUACGCAAGGAGUACAUCCACCACUAA